GACCAGGAACGUCGGCAGAGGCUAGAUGUCUGCUGGCCUGCUGCGCGGUCGUAGUACGACGGCUGCUCGCGGCUAACGCUCCAAAAGUUCCACCCGACGCACUGCGAGGAACUGGACAGUCGUCCCAGCAACUAAACGUCAUCAUCGGAAGAUCUCACUCGGAUGCGAGGAGCCCAAGACGACGGCGGCGGCGACGACGACACCCGUGCGUGAGUGUAGGACACGAACGCGUGGCCCCGUUUAGGAGCACAGAGGAACGCCCGAUACUGUACCCACUCCCGCCGCCGUGCCUGGGCGUUAUAUAAUAUACACACGAGCCGGCUGGAGGUGAUGUACCGGGACUGCUCUUCGCCCAAGCGCUGAAAGAAACGCGGUCGUCGGGUCGCUGACAAAGUUUUACAAAGGGGAGCGAUUCACGGUGUUGCGUUAGAUCGCCCCGACGCGCGCGGAGCUGUGUUCGUGCGGGAUUUCGAAAACGGCGCCUCGCACGAGUAGCGCGUGCCGUUAUAACAGUGACUUCACGCUGCGUCGUUCGACCGUAUAGCGAAGAUACUGCUGCUGCCUCGCAUCUGUGCCAAGGUUUGCGAGAGAAGAAAAGGAAAAAAACGAAAAGAAAGUUUCCGCCGGAACUCGAGGAGAAAAUUUACUCGUCUUGCAUCGGCGACGGGCGCUCAAGCAGAGGGGCGACCACUGGCAAAGAAAGCAGCCAAGCCGGCACCCGCCGAACAGGAUGAGGCGCUCCCUCAGUGGUGACACAAUGGCGCGGAGCAGGAACAGCUGUGUGUGCCCAGCGUGCGAGCGAAGUGGUGGUCCGCGUGCCACGCACGCGUAGUGAACCGACUUCGGUCUCUACGCGGUCUCUACACUCACCUCUGGCGAGCCCUGCGCUGUUUGCCUGCUCCGUACACGCUACGGCUGCACCUGAAGCGGCACGGAGAACCGCUGCGAAAGUUCGAACGACCGGAAACCAGCGGGACUGCGCGGCUCAGGGUGCGACAAGAUGAACCAAAAUGGCACUCAGAAGCAGCCAUGGACCGUCGAGCGAGCGACGACGGAAUUGCCGCGGUCGGACGAGAAGACAAACGGAAACGCCGCUCCAGCAGCUGGGUGUGCCCCCGGCGGCGGUGGGGCCGAUGGCGAGCUCCAGGAGGAACGUGACUACAUGUGUGGCCUGGGAAGCUGCUCCCCGCGGAUCAUGCAGCGGCUCGCCACUCCAAGGAUGUUCUUCGUCGUCUACAGCCUCAUGGGUGUCCUGCAGGGCGCGUACAAGACGUACUUCGUGGGCACGCUGUCGACCAUCGAGAGGCGGUUCGCCAUGUCCAGCCAGACAACAGGCAUCAUACUGAUCGCGGACAACCUGAGCCCCAUCAUCAUCAACAUGCUGGCCGGCUACUAUGCAAACCGCAUCAGCCGGCCCAAGAUCAUGGGCAUGGGGGCGCUCAUCGUUGUGCUCAGCUGCUUCCUGAGCAUCGUGCCCUACAUGAUCUACGGACCGGGACUGCACAUCCUCUCGAGCACGGCGCACGCACUGGGGGCCCGACAGCGCAGUCCCAACAGCCUGUUGUGCAACUCGGCAAUGUCUGGACACCGUGAAUGCGGAGGCCCGUCGAUGGCAGACAGCUACACGCCGUUUGCGCUCUUCUUCGCCGCAAACUUUAUGAACGGCUUCGGCGCGUCCACGUUCUUCAUCGCGGGAAGCACCUACAUGGACGACAACAUACGGAAGAAGAACUCGCCCCUGUACUUCGGCAUGGGAUUUGCCUUCAGACUGCUCGGCCCCGUUGUCGGAUUCGUGACAGCCGGGGUAUGCCUGCGCUUUUACGAAGAUCCUUUCCGCGAUCCAGGCAUCUCACCAAAGGAUCCCCGUUGGGUGGGCGCCUGGUGGAUAGGCUACAUACUGUUCGCCAUCGGCCUCAUCGUGGUCGCCCUACCUAUGAUGAUGUUCCCGCGCAUCCUACCCGCCGGCAAGAAUUACAAAGUGAAUCGUAUGCAGAGGCUGUCCGUGGUGAAGGCGAACAAGGACUCAAAGUGCGCCGAAAGGACGGGCCACCAUGGCAUCAGCAUCGCCAUGAUCAAAGACAUCCUGGUUAUCGUGAAGAGGCUGGUCCGUAACCCGAUCUUCAUGCUCCACACAACUGGCCUGGUAUUCGUCUUGCUCGCCACAGCCGGCUACGGUACUUCGUUCAGCAAAUACGUCGAGUUCCAGUUUAGGCAAUCGGCGUCGAAGGCCAACUAUUACACAGGGGCGGCCAAAGUGGCGACAACGUUGGUCGGAAUCGUAACCGGCGGCGUCGUCAUACACCGGUUCCGGCCAGGCCCGCGCGUUGUGGCCGGCUACUCGGCAUUCGUGGAGCUGGCCAUGAUAGCAGGCUUCGUAGCCAUGAUGUUCAUCGGCUGCGAUAGCCCCAACAUUGCCGGAGUCGCCGCCGGCAGAAACAUCAGCGCGACAUCGCUGCUGGACAAGUGCAACGUGGAUUGCAAUUGCAACACCCAGAUAUACGAGCCGGUGUGCUCAAGCAACAAAAUGACAAGCUAUUUCUCACCGUGCCAUGCCGGCUGCAGAAGCGUGGGCAUGUCGUCGACGAACGUGACGAUAUACAAGGACUGCAGCUGCAUCGCGGCAGGUGACCACGGAGUGGACGACUCCUAUGUGACGUCGGGGCUUUGCGGCUCCACGUGUCAACAGUUGGGCCUCUUCUUGGGCAUCGUGAUCGCCGGCCAGUUCCUGGGCUCCACAGGUCGUGUAGGGGGCCUGCUCAUAUUCCUCAGGUGCGUCGACCCCAUCGACAAGAGCAUGGCAAUGGGGACCACAGGUUCUCUCUUACAUAUGCUUGCCUUCAUACCCUACCCCCUGAUAUACGGAGCCAUCCUGGACCACUCGUGCUUGAUUUGGGAGGAGAAAUGCGGACGGCGUGGCAACUGUUGGGUGUACGAUGCUGUCAAGCUGCGCUACACGCUGCAUCUCGUCACAAUCAUUUUUCUGGCCAUCGCCGGCGUCUGUUACAUCGGCCAGUUCCUGCUCAGCGGACGCAUCAAGCGCUUCUAUGAGGACGAUCUUGCCGAAGACAGCAGUGACCAGCAAGACAAGUACGAAAGCAAAACCACAAUCACCGAGGGACUCUCAGUUGAAAACAUCCAUAAGGUUGACGAGAAACCAGAGGCUACCAGGUUUUGAACUUGGAGACUGGUGAAUGAAAAAUGGUCCAGGUUUGGGCAUGACGUGCGACUGUGGCUUGGCACAAAACCGAUGCCGAGUGCAGGUUGAGACCAUCGGUUCUUGAGGACACUGUUUCUGUCCAGGAUGAAAUGUGUGCUCCACAUCAUUAUGACAGGCCUCUUGUAGAACAAGACAUCGAAAUGCGAAGUGCCCAAAGCAGGAUGUCACCAGACAUUGAACUCCAUAAAGCUUUUGCUCCAGCAAUGACUUUUUUUCGCUCUGCAAGUGAAACUAUCAAGGAGGCAAGGAUACACGUGUGAUGACAAAAGCAAGGGGAACAUAUUCAAGUAUCCUAGAUUUGAUUUAAUGCCUUGUCAGGAGGCAAAAUAUGGCCAGCAAUGAAACAAAUGCUGGUUUCAAGAAUGAAGAUGUUUGCCCAAGAGAAAACCCAGAGCAUAUUACUUUGGCUGAGUGACAUCACUCUGAAGACGAAUGAACAGUCUACAGUGUACUGUGUGUAGGAAUCAAUGCCCAUGUUAUUUCAACAAGUGGAUAUUGCAGCUAUUGAGAAUACUUUGCAAAGGAAUUGCAAUGGGACACCCAUGAUUAACUGCCUAUAACAGUUUUUUACUGACCGAUGUUUAUAAACAGCAAUGAUGAGAACAUUCUCAUUAUGGUACACUUAUGCAAAAGUGGCAUGUAACGAGUGCACUCAGAACCAGUCACGACAAAAAGCAAGAAAUUAAUGCUGCAAGCACGAUUUUAAAACUCAGUGGUGAACAUUAAGUUUGAUUAAAGGGACAGUGCUUGCCAUGAUUCAGCUCUUUAAUGAAGUUAUAUUUAGCAAAGGGCUAGAUGCUGCCAAUUGUUGCUUCUAGCCUGACUUCACACUUAAAUGCUUAUGUCCUAAAACAUGGCCAAUGCAGCACAAUCUCAAUACAAUCAAUCCUGCUAAAAGAAGGAACUUCAGAGAACAGCCAUAGUGUGAAGUGUUACUAAUGUAACCAUUUCUUUUUAUUAUUUAUGAUAUUUUGAGAGUUAUCCCACAUUUAAUCUCAUCAGUAAAUAAAAAUGUAUCGAAUAUUUUGAAACUCAAGAAGUGUGCAUACACAUACUAGAGCCAGAGAUUGAUCCUUUAAAUUUUUUAUUAUCUGUGUGAUCAGGUGGUGUUGAUACAGUGCUCUUAGAAGCAGUGUUCUGAACAAUACCGUGAUACGUCAAUCUACUGUCAAGUACCCUAGUGGUCAUCAAGAAGUGAUCCAUGACACAAGCUUGUAACUGUGACAGUGUGCACCACUGUAACUGUGAUAGUUUCCACCACAGACAACGGUGCAGUGCAGUGCAGUGAUUGUGAUAACUGUGCACAAAUGCUGAACUCAGCGAACCAGAUGUGCCCCAGCCUCAUUCAGUGACCACAAUCGUCCAGUUUGCAAGACAUUGGCCAGAUCCACAAAGCUUUUCAUCCAUAAGGUCCCGUUGUCACUGUCCCGUACCUUGGCUAUUAUUUCAAUGGCUAUAAUUGCUGAAGAUCACCUACUUCAUGAACUGAUCUUCAGUAUGAAGAGCUUUAUGAAUGUGGCUGCUGUUUCUAUGUCAAGUGCUUUGGCUUUUCUUGAUAGUGAGAACAGGAGGGGAUAUUUUUAUUACAGAACUGUCUCAUGAACUUCCUUUCAUUCAUGAAAGCACUGAGACAAACCACAGCAAUAUAUUUAGAAUGCCAACAUUCAACUGUUAGAUAUAUUUUUACAGCAAAUAAAAGAUUUUUUUACAA